AUGGAGCAGCCUAGCCAGGAACCCGUCAGUGGCCAUGUCCUCGCAUCACCAACCUUGUUGUUCGCUCUCCGCAUCGCGCAGGCCGUCCUCGCUCUCAUCGUACUCGCUCUCGCUAGCGUCGUCGCCUCUGGCCUGUACUUCAACGAACUCGGGCUCGCUCUGGCAAUGCCCAUCAUCACCUGUAUCGUCGUCGCUUACGCCUUGGUCACGGAAAAGGUCCCGAGCUGCCACGCCGCGUAUCGCAUCGUAGCCGUGCUGGCCCUCGACGCCGUCCUCGUUGUCCUCUGGCUCGCCACGUUUGCUGCCGUGGCGGCGAUGCGCGCCUUGCUUGGCAACGUCCCUGACAUGCCUGCUUACAACUGGCCCAACAGCGGGUGCGUCUACAACAGCGGCAACUUCAACUUGAACAAUUGCCUCGUCAAUAGGGCUAUUCCGCUCCAGAUCAACCGCCACAUGAUUUCGGCCGUUGCGGGACUAGGCGCCUUGGUGUGGGUCCUUCACAUUGUGACAUUUGUCUGGACCCUUCUUGCCUUCCUCCGCCUUCGCAAGGCAGCACGCUUCCACUUUAACACCAACACGGCCACGUCGACCGCCAACUGCCAGAUAGAGCCCAAGGUCGAACAGCGGCAGCCUGUCGGCUUGAACCAGCAGCAGUAG